AUGGUCCAGCGUAGUAUUGUAGGCAUUGUAGCGGCGCUUGUCGCUGUGGUUGCGGGAGCACAAUUGCCACUGCAGCGGCGCAAUCCGUUCAACAAGUUUUCGCAGGUUGUCGUGUUUGGCGACUCGUUGGUCGACAACGGCAACGGCACGUUUCUGCUCACGAACAAGACAUGGCCGCGCGACCCAGCCUACUUCAAUGGGCGCUUCAGCGAUGGACUUGUAUGGACUGAGCAUCUUGCCGACAUGCUCGGCGUCCCGACUGUUGUCGAUCAUGCAUAUGGAAGCGCAACGACGAACAAUUCGCGCUCCAAAGGCGAGUCUGGCUACUACUCCAACAUUACCGUGCCCGACAUGUGGCAACAAGUACGCACCUACACUCGCAACCAUGCCCGUCUCGACGCAAGUGCACUCUACAUUCUUUCUGGCGGCUCGAACGACAUGUACUUUGGCGCAAGCAGCGGGUCCCCACAGACCAUUGCGAAGCUGGCCGUCUCGAGUUUGAACAAGACGGCCCAGGAGCUGUACAGGCACGGCGCACGUCACUUUGUGUUUGAGAGCCUCGGCAUUGUUGCAGGGACGCCGUCUGCAAGGCUCCCUGGCGCCGGGGAAAACACCACCCUUGCCAUGCAACGCUUUGCCGAGACGUUUAACUCAGAAAUGCGGCGUCUUGUCGCGCAUACUCGCCGCGGGCAUGCGACGUUUGUCGACAUGCACAAGUGCCAGCGUAUGAUCAUCGACGACCCGCACAAAUACGGCUUCAAGAAUACAACCGCUGCAUGUCUUCGUGGCGCAUACAAAGACGAGCGCGACGCGGGCAUUCAGCGCCACCUUUGCGCACACCCCGAAGAGUACCUGUUCUUUGAUAUCUUCCAUCCCACCACGCAUACACAUCAGUUAUUUGCGCGUGCAGCUGCCGACGCGCUCACCAAGUCGUACGCCGCAUAG